CUAGAGAUAUUAUUUGGUUGUUAGUAGAACUCACGUCAAGUGCAUAUUGUUAGCCCUCGUAUAUCCAAAGUGCUGUGCGACGAACGAACGAUUAAGUAAGUGUGUCAUAUAAGCAUUUUGAACAAGCCAAGCCAAAAUGUUAGCCUAAGCAAGUAAACAGUAAGUGUCGGUCGAUCAAUAUACGGUUUCUACUUCGAAUAUAUUACUAUUACCAUCAAUCACUUUUGUUGCAUUUCGCAUUGCACCAAAAAACUUGAGCAAAAUUGCUGGCGAAAGUACUCCAGUCGGAAGUGGUGUUUCGUAAUACGGGUGAGAGCGGAUCACUGUUCAAUAAUUCAGGAGGAUAUAUAACAACAUUAAGAACGGACUAAGAGAGACCAAAACGCGAUUCCAACGCCGUUAAUUUACGUACCGAAUGGCGCUUUCGUUUCUAUCCCAAAACUCCGGUCUGUUGGAUUUACAAAGCAUAUUCGAUCCACAAUAUUCUCAUCAUCAACAACAACAACAUUUGAGCCAUCACCCUCAACAUCACAUUCAACAACACCAAAAUCAACAACUACAACAACAAGCGGAGCAGAUUCAACAACAUCGCACCCUUUCAACAAAGUUCGAUUUGACCCUGUUCAACGAACUCGACCAAAUGGAAUUCAACAACUUAAAUCGCAGUCAAUAUCAGAAUAAUAAUAAUAACAAUAUUAGCAACAUCAGCAAUAAUCAAAACUCCAACAACAACACCACUAACGGUAUUAGUGAAAAUCUAAAUCAGAUCCAAAACCGCCACUUAAUCAGCGGCUACCACCACCAGCAUAUCGGAUCGGACUAUGAGCAAGUGAUCAACUUUGUUGACUCGCCGCCAAACUCAGAGGAAUCGUGGACAGAGAGCAGCUCGCUAAUCGAACAAAUUACGAUUGUCGUAGACGGACAGUCGAAGGAGUCGCCGGGACCGCAGAUCAUCGACGUGCAGACCAUUUACCUGAACAGCGGCUCACGCAAAAGACGAAUGGAUUGGGACUCCCUGGACAUUGGCCAAAGUGAGAACUCACCCACAGCAUCGCAGAGCGGCGAGCUGCCCACCAAAGUGGCCCACCAGGAGAAGGACAAGCACAAGCGCGAGAAGCACUCGGGUCGCAGCAGCUGGAGCGAUGAUAUCGGCUUCGAUCUGAACGCCGAGUUUAACAGCAACUCGUACUUGAACAAUGAGAACUUUCUGUCGUUCUCCCCUACGCUGACCACCCUCAAGCAGGAGCCACAGACGGAUCAGAUCAAGCCGAGCCCCAAGGUAUCCCUGGACAAUGCCGCAGCAUCGCCCUCCAUCGCCAUUGCCAAGUUGGAUGAGGUCCAGAACUCUCCGCCGCAUGCCAUUUCUGGCCAGGAUUCGGCCAACGGCAACGCCUGCGGAUGUGGCUCUCCACAGGGUUCACCCUUAGCCAACGCGGAGUUUGAGUUGAACGACAAGGGAAAGCCCCAGCAACUUAGCGUUUUGGAUCCCGCUAAAAUCGAGAUCGGUUCCGCCAACGGAGCUACCCAUGCGGACGACCACAAAUUUCAGUACAUUUUAGCAGCAGCCACGUCGAUUGCCACCAAGAACAAUGAGGAGACUCUGACGUACCUCAACCAAGGCCAGAGCUACGAAAUAAAGCUGAAGAAGAUCGGAGACCUGUCCCUCUAUAGGGAUAAAAUACUGAAGAGCGUGAUCAAGAUCUGCUUCCACGAGCGCCGCCUGCAGUUUAUGGAGCGCGAGCAGAUGCAGCAAUGGCAGCAAUCCCGCCCAGGCGAACGCAUCAUUGAGGUGGACGUACCGCUCUCGUACGGCCUCUGCCACGUGUCGCAGCCACUGAGCUCCGGCUCACUGAACACUGUCGAGAUCUUCUGGGACCCACUGAAGGAGGUCGGCGUCUACAUCAAGGUCAACUGCAUUUCAACCGAAUUUACCCCAAAGAAGCACGGCGGCGAGAAGGGUGUGCCCUUCCGACUGCAAAUUGAAACCUAUAUAGAAAACACAAACAGUGCCACCGCCAGCGGCUCGGGCGGCAGCAACAACAGCAACAGCGCCAUCGCCAGCGGCAACGGAAACGGAAACAGUGGCUCCGCAGCCCCAGCAUCACCGGAACGGACUCCCAGUGGCGGCAGCAAUGGCAAACAGGCGGUCCACGCAGCUGCCUGCCAGAUCAAGGUAUUUAAGCUAAAGGGAGCUGAUCGCAAACAUAAACAGGAUCGGGAGAAGAUUCAGAAGCGGCCCCAAUCGGAGCAGGAUAAAUUCCAGCCCAGCUACGAGUGUACCAUCAUGAACGAUAUAUCCCUGGACCUGGUGAUGUCCGCCACCACAACUGGCUGCUACAGCCCCGAAUACGGGGCCAUGGGAAAUUCGAAUUGUGAAUUUCGCGCUGGAGUUCCUCGCAUUCGUGAACAUGCGCUUGCAUCUGAAGGAUCGUCGCUUCUGUCAGCCUCAGAUACGGAACGAGCUCUACUGGAUUUUAUGAAACUUUGGCCAAACUCGCCCGUGCACAUACCCAAGUACGAUGGAAUGCUUCCGUUUGCGCCAAGUGCAGCAUCGCCGGCUACCAGCAGCAGCCCCAUAGCCAUCAACUCGGUGACAUCGACCAACUCGCCCACCCUCAAGCUGAUGGACGCCACAAACAUGGUCUCACCGCAGCAUGUGCCCGCUGACAUGGACGACAAUAGCCAGAACAUAAUGCCGGAAUCGACGCCCUCACAAGUGACGCAGUGGCUGACCAAUCAUCGCCUCACCGCCUAUCUCUCUACGUUCGCACAGUUCUCGGGAGCGGAUAUCAUGCGCAUGUCCAAGGAGGAUUUGAUUCAAAUUUGCGGACUGGCCGAUGGCAUUCGCAUGUUCAACAUUUUGCGCGCCAAGACUAUUGCGCCCAGGCUAACGUUGUACGCCAGCUUGGAUGGAUGCAGCUAUAAUGCCAUCUACUUGUUGUCGAGCACGGCCAAGGAGCUGCAGCAGAAGCUGUUCAAGAUGCCCGGCUUCUACGAGUUCAUGGCCAAGGCCAGUGCCCAGGAGAACGGAGUCGGUGGAGCAGCCACUGCAGCUGCUGCAGCCCUCUUCAACAAUUGGGGCAUGCAAUCCAAGUACUCGGGCAGCGGCUCCAAUAUCUUCAACGACGCCAACAAGAGCUGCGUGUACAUAUCGGGGCCAUCGGGCAUCCUAGUGACCGUCACCGACGAGGUGCUGAACAACGAGAUCAAGGAUGGCAGCCUCUACGCGCUGGAGGUGCAGGCCGGCAAGGUGAUCCUCAAGCUGAUCAACAAGCAGGACAACAACUAAGCAAAGUUUUGGCAACGCAGAUGCACUGUAGUAGACACCACCCGAGCAAUCAAGUAUAGUUUAUAGCAUUUACACGCAGUAGGAUGGCACAUUGAAACCGUUUUCUAUAUAGACUUUAAUUUGUAUGAGAUUUCGCGCAGCAAUUUUGAACAAGUAAAAAAGCAAGCAGCCCCCUAACCUCGUUCCCUAAAAUCUUUGUUAAAGAACUAGUGCAAAAUAUUUAAGAUUCGUUUUCAGUUCUCACUUUAAGUUUUGUUUAUUUUAUAUGUAUUUUAUACCACCUACGAUAUUCGACUACAUAUGCACAUUUAAUUCUCCGAUGCGAUGGCAUUUCGAUUCGUUUUUUUCCUACUUUUAAUUUCUUUUAUCGUUAUGGCGUAUGCUUAUCACUUAACUAUUAUAUAUAUGUUUGUAGAUCCACACCAAUAUCAAUUGUUUGAAGUAGAAAAAAAAAACCCAAAAAAAAAAACAACAAUUUUAAAAUAUUGAUAAUUACCUUGAAGUACAGUACCACGAAUACAAGAAUUGAUCAAUUGUUUCGAAGCAGAGUUCAACUAGCAACCAAACAACAACUUUUGUAUGUGAUAGAAGCAAUAAAGUGUUAUCCACAAGUGGACUGUCAAAAAAUG